AUGGGCCCAUCCUCCCGGAGGCCCACCACCCGCAGGAGGCGCCGUAGGGGUCGGGUGCAUUGUGUGCUGGGCGGUGGCCAGGAGCGGAGGCCCUGGCGGACUGAUUCCCGGCUACCAAGACUGGCAAUUGGGACAUGGAAUGUCACCUCUCUGGUGGGGAAGGAGCCAGAUUUAGUGCGUGAGGCUGAGAGGUGGCGGGGGAGGACACUGGACAGACCCGGCGCACCUAAACGUGUAGUGAGGGUGUGCUGGGAACUCCUAGCAGAGGCCCCUGUCCAUGCAAUCUUCAACGCACACCUCCGGCAGAACUUCAACAGCAUUCCGAGGGAGACUGGCGACAUUGAGUCCGAAUGGACCAUGUUCAGUAUCUCCACUGCCGAAGCUGCUGCAAUGAGCUGCGGCCACAAGGUGGUACAGCCUGCUCUGCCCCUGGACUGGCAGACCGGGGUAGUGGUCCCCAUUUUUAAGAAGGGGGACCGGAGCAUGUGUUCCUACUACGGGGGGAUCACACUCCUCAGCCUCCCUGGGAAAGUCUAUGCCAGGGUGCUGGAAAGGAGAGUCCAUCCGAGGAGCACCAAGGACAUGUUCAACACCUCUAAUAGUACAGGUAAGACAUGUAACUAUAAAAUAAUGCAAAAUGUUGAUUCAAUGCCUGACUAUACUACAGAAGAUUAUUCGUACUUGUUCAAUACAAGUAACGGCUCAUAUAAUGAAGAAUAUUAUUUUGACCCUGAUGACUGGUGUGAACCUGAUGAACACCAGGCUCACGUCAUCAAAACCUUCCAAGCUUGCGCUUUCACCGCCAUCUUCCUGCUUGGCGUUGCAGGAAACUCCCUGGUGAUCGCCACCUUUGCUCUCUACCGCCGCUUUCGGCUUCGUUCCAUGACCGAUGUCUUCCUGUUCCACCUGGCGCUGGCUGACCUCCUCCUGCUCCUCACACUCCCAUUGCAGGCCAUUGACACUUACAAGGGUUGGAUUUUCUCUUAUCAUCUCUGCAAGAUCAUGCGUGCAACCUACGCCAUCAACACAUACAGCGGGCUGCUGCUACUGGCAUGCAUCAGUGUCGACCGCUACAUGGUAGUAGCACGAGCGCAGGAAAUGCUCAGGCUGCGCACCCAAAUCCUAACAGCUGGGAAGCUCACUGCUGUGGGGGUAUGGCUUGUUGCAGUGGCUCUAAGCAUCCCUGAAAUCCGCUUCUCGGGGGUUUCAAACCGCUUCUCGGGGAAUUCAGGCAAUGAAACUGAAGCGUUCUGUGUCAUGCAAGUAAGUGGUCGAAUAAGACUGGUUCCCAGUGGCGUGAUCAUCACCGUCUUCUGCCUGUCCCUCGCCAUUAUGGUGGCAAGCUACACUUCGAUUGCUCGAGUGCUGUGGGAAGGGCAUGCACAUCGGCGAGGGAAGCAAUGGCAACGGCAGCGUACCCUGAAGCUGAUGGUUGCCCUGGUGCUGGUUUUUCUGGUAUUCCAGCUGCCGUACACUGCGGUGCUGUGUCGCAAAAUGUUUGGCCCGUUCUGUGGUCUGAUGUUGGAGUACGUCACCUGCACGCUGGCGUACACCCGCUGUUGCCUCAACCCUAUCCUCUACGCCCUGGUAGGCGUGCGUUUCCGUCAGGACGUGUUGAGGCUCAUCUACGAUUCAGGCUGCCCAUAUCGCAAUCUGGUUGUGCCACAGACGGUGAACUCCACAUCAAUCUCCGCCUCCUCACCUGCUCUCACCGUGCUUUCAGCAUGCUCUCCAACAUCUCCCGAUGCUCCAGUUGCCUUCAAGUUUUCGGGAACCAAAUAA